AAAAAAAUUGUGAAACAGAUCAAAUCAGAAAAGUGCGUGUGACCGACGGUAACGCGAUCGCAAUUACCCAAACACCACCAAUCAGUUCUCUUCCUUCGCAACGGUACAAGCUCAGACUCUAUCGACGUUUGGGACUUCUCGAAGAGGAGCCUCCGGUGGUUCUUCUUCUUCUUCUUCUUCACAUUCGAAAUUCUCGUUGAUCUGCCUCUUCCGAUCCCUUAAUUCUGUGUGUUGAAAAUGUACGGUUUCGAGGCUCUAACUUUCAACAUUCACGGUGGCUACCUGGAGGCGAUCGUCAGGGGACACAGAUCAGGCCUUCUCACCGCCGCCGAUUAUAACAAUCUAUGCCAGUGUGAAACCCUUGAUGAUAUUAAGAUGCACCUCACUGCUACCGAGUACGGUCCCUACCUUCAAAACGAGCCUUCUCCAUUGCAUACCACUACAAUUGUGGAAAAAUGCACCCUUAAACUUGUUGAUGAGUACAAGCACAUGUUAUGUCAAGCAACGGAGCCCUUAUCCACCUUCCUAGAGUAUUGCACAUAUGGCCACAUGAUUGACAAUGUUGUCUUGAUAGUCACUGGAACCUUGCAUGAGAGGGAUGUUCAGGAGCUACUAGAGAAAUGCCACCCUUUAGGCAUGUUUGACAGCAUUGCCACCCUUGCUGUUGCUCAGAAUAUGCGAGAACUUUAUAGAUUGGUGCUUGUGGACACACCAUUGGCUCCAUACUUCUCAGAGUGCAUCACAUCUGAGGAUUUGGAUGACAUGAAUAUUGAAAUUAUGAGGAAUACUCUUUACAAGGCAUAUCUUGAAGACUUUUACAGGUUUUGUCAGAAACUUGGGGGUGCCACAGCCGAGAUAAUGUCUGAUCUCCUUGCCUUUGAGGCUGAUAGAAGAGCUGUCAAUAUUACAAUAAAUAGCAUUGGCACAGAGCUUACCAGGGAUGAUAGAAGAAAAUUAUACUCUAAUUUUGGCUUACUUUACCCCUAUGGGCAUGAAGAACUAGCUGUCUGUGAGGAUUUAGAUCAGGUUCGUGGUGUGAUGGAAAAAUAUCCUCCUUAUCAGUCUAUCUUUUCUAGAUUGUCCUAUGGUGAGAGCCAGCUGCUUGAUAAGGCAUUUUAUGAAGAGGAGGUGAAAAGGCUAUGCUUAUCUUUUGAGCAACAGUUCCAUUAUGCUGUCUUCUUCGCAUACAUGAGGUUGAGGGAGCAGGAGAUUAGGAAUCUUAUGUGGAUAUCAGAAUGCGUGGCUCAGAACCAGAAGUCGAGGGUUCAUGACAGUGUUGUCUUCAUAUUUUAACUGCUUUACACGCCAUUAGAAAUAAUUACCAGUUCUUUUGCAUAAUCUGCUGUAAAUUGCUCUUUCAUAGACAGUGUCGAUCAUUUUAAGUUGAGAUUGCCCAGCUGCACCAUUUUCAGGAUCUGUGUUAAAAAUAAGAUUUUAAAAUAUUUUUUUCUAUGUUUUGGGCGAUAAGUUUGCAUUCGGAUUCAUCAGAUUCCAAUAUAUUAUUCUUGUGGAGAUGAAA